GUGUGUGUAGAUGCGCGAAACACGUGCUCCUAAAAAUUGUAAAUUGACUUAGCUUCAAAAUAUUCCUUCCACUUCAUAAUCACUUCAUAAUUACAUGGGGAAAAUGGCACUAAAGAGACGCAAAGUCAACGAAUCUGGAGGUCCUCAAACCAAAAAGAAGCCGACAUUUAAGAAAGCAAAAAAAGUCGUAGAGAAAGUGAUAGACGAUUCUCCAGAAGAAAAUUUUGAAGAUGAAGAUGACAAUGGUUUUGGUGAUAGUGAAGAUGGUUUUGAUGACAUGGAGGAAAUUCCUUUAGAUAUUACCGAGGCUGUUUCAAUUGUUAAAAAGCCAGCUAAGCCUACAUCUAAACCACAGACUAAAGCUCCUGCUAAAAUUAAAACAGAAAACGUUAACCAGAAGGAUGUUUCUAAAGCUCAUAAAAAGGAUUUGCAGAAGCCUCCAACUUCUCAAGAAAUGAAUGCUCUGCGGGAAACUGAAAAUCUUUUCCACUCCAACAUAUUCAAACUUCAGGUUGAGGAAAUGUUAACAGAAAUUUCAAUGAAAAAUAAACGCAAGAAAGAAAUCGAAGAUUGGAUGAAUCAACUUCAAGACACCAUUGACAACAUACCUGAAAGUGGUACACAUUCAAUCUCUGACACAACUUGGCUCGACGAACUAAAUGUCACGUGCCCUUUUGAAUCUGAUUGUUAUGACUCGACUAAGACAUUCCAGUAUUUGAAACCACAAAAGCUCAUCCCUAUUGGCUCUUGGGCUAUUGGCAUGACUGGCAAAGGCAUAUCAGUUGAUAUCCUGAUUGAGAUUCCUCGAGAGUCGUUAGAACGGGACGAUUAUCUGAAUUACACCUACCAUCGAAAAAGAGCCUUGUAUCUGGCGUACUUGGCUGCCCAUUUACAGAAAGCGACAGCAUUGGUUCAAGAUGCUCAGUUCGAGUCUUUUUCCGGAGAUCUUUCAAGACCCAUUCUUCUCGUUCAACCUACAGGAAAACUGAACCAGCGUGUAGCCUUCCGCAUUUACGCUUCUGCUUCUGCGGAUUUGGUAGCAGUAGAAAAACUUCUUCCCAGACGGAAUUGUGUUACAAGCUCUAGUUCAAAAAAUUUUUACAACAAGCCAAGUCCUCUGUACAACAUGAGCGUGUUAGCCGACAUGCGGAUGGCCAAGAUCAAUCAGCACGCAUCGGAAGUACUCUCAUCAAAGAAGAAUAUUCUGGACUCGUGCCUACUCUUACGAAUCUGGCUUCGACACCGACAACUUGAUGAGUCUAUCGGCAUGUUCGUCUUGACCCAAUUUGUUGUCUAUUUGGUUGACACAAAGAAGCUCUUCCCGAACAUGAGCAUAUAUCAAAUUAUUCGUACUGUUUGGCUUCAGUUAUCUCGUUCAGAUUGGUCUAAAGAAGGAAUUACUCUACGUCAACAGUCUGAUACGGCUCCGUUGCCGGUCGCCGAUGCCCACGCUUCGUUCCCGAUUGUUUUUCUGGAUGAGACGAGUACGUUGAACUUCUGCGCCCACCUCUCCCAGGCAGCCUACGAAUGGCUAAGAUGGGAAUCCACCCUGGCUGUUGGGUUGCUCAACAAGAAGGGAGUCAACAGUUUCGCCGCCCUGUUCAUCACUCCGAAGCCGUUUUUGUUGACUUUCGAUAACGUUGUCAUGAUUGACGAUGCGCAAGCCAGAUUGCAAAAAGACAAACGCCAACUCUAUUGGCUGACUGGAGCAGCUGAGAAAAUUCAUCAGUGUCUCGCCAAAGGAUUGGGCGACCGUCUGAAAUUGGCGGCAUGCAGGAGGCUGCCAGUUGGGUCAUGGUCCGUUGCAAUCGAACCACCGAAAAACACUUCACGGAAGUUGGCUUUCGGAUUCUGUUUCAAUUCUCCCGCUGCAUGGGAAGUGGUGAACAAAGGACCGGCCGCCGACAGCCCAGAGUCUGUCGAAUUUCGCUCUUUCUGGGGCGAAAUGUCUCAACUUAGACGGUUUCAAGAUGGCUUCAUCUGCGAAGCAGUACAUUGGCCAGCCAGUAAUUGGGCUGAACGCCGUCUCAUCUGCCGUCGAAUCGUCUCAUUUUUGUUGGAGAAACGGCUCAACUUGUCCAAUAGCUUCGUUUACAUCGCCGAUCAAUUGGAGACUGCCCUGUUUGUUCCCAGGUUGGAGAAAUCGGUCGCUUACGGAACGGGAGAAGAGUUCACUAUGAAGGCCCUUGAAGCCCUGGAUGAACUAACGAAGAAUCUGCGAUCACUGGAGGACUUGCCUCUCUCGAUAGCUCAAGUGCAAGGAGUGGCUGCAACUUUCAGGCACGCCGAAACCUUUCCACCCCAACCAGGGAUUCCGCAAGGUCGAUUAUCUCUUUUCGACAAAAUUGGAGAUAACAUGCUCCCUUCUGUCGAAGCGACUCCUAUUUACCUUCCCUCGCUAUCGGUCCUGUUGACUUUGCAAACGAGCGGCAAGUGGCCCGAUGAUCUCGAAGCCGUUCGCCGGAUCAAAGCGGCUUUCUACAUCCAGCUGGCCGAAAAACUUCGCGUCCUCUUUGACCUCGUCGUUCGAGUUUUCACCGAUCACAUCAUUGUGGAGCGCAGAGGCUACAUUUUCAAGUUGGUGAUCGCUUAUCAUCGAGAUGUAGCCUUGUUGAAACGCUUCGUCGAGCCUAACGGAAUUGUCAAGUACCGCGACAAUCCGGAAUCACUCCUCCUGCAAAGGGAUCAAGAGAUUACCCCGAGACUGGCAGCGGCACUACGUGCCCUACAUGCGGAGCAGCCAGCCUACAGCACGGCCGUUCGUUUGGCCAAGCGUUGGAUCGCUUCGCACAUGCUGUUGGAAUAUCUCGAAGAAGAAGCCGUUGAAAUGAUUGUGGCCAGCCUGUUUGUUGAUUCGACCAUGUACGGAUUACCGUCGGAAGAAGAAUCCGGCGCCAAGUCCUCGCUGCAUGACGCCAUCGACUGGGUGGGACCUUUGACACCUCAAGUGGCUUUCUUCCGGUUCCUCCAGUUAGUUUCGACCUACGACUGGACUAGCCAGCCGCUCGUCAUCAAUUUCAACAAUGACCUCACACCAGAAGUGAUUCGCGACAUUGAAACAUCUGUCGCAGCCCAGCGAGCCCAGCUGAAAUCACCUUUAGUCCUGGUGACACCUUACGAUCCAUCCGGCGUGGCGUUCACGCGUAGCACGCCACCGCUGCCCGUCUGGUCACGUCUGAUGGUGUUAGCCCAAGAGUCGCUCAAAUUGCUGGAGCGUCAGUUGAUGGAAUCCGACGUGAAAACCGUGGACGUGUUCCAGGCAUUCCGUCCACCCUUGGAUGCCUACAACUGUGUGAUCCAUCUGUGUAAAGGCGCUGUCGCCCGCCGUCUGUACACGCUCGAUAGUGUGCUCGACAAGAAGGUGAAGCUUCACGAGCACCAGCCUAGGAAGACGCUCUCCAUCUACGAUUACGAGCCCGUCGAUCGACUGCUGGAUGAGUUACGAUUGGCCUAUGCCGACAAGGCCCGCUUUUUCUAUGACAAGUAUGGAGGCUUGCUGAUCGGCGUCAUGUGGAUCGACAAAGCCUGGAGCACGCCAACUGAAUUUAAAGUCUCCCACGUGAACGGCUCCAUGUUGGUGGCGUCUUCGGCCGCAGGUGGUGAAAAGCGGUUAGCCCCCAAUUUGGAAGCCAUCUGCCAGGAUUUUCUCAUUAUGGGCAAAGGUCUGGUCGAGUCGGUCGAAUGCGGAGCACUUGUUUGGCAAGAUUCAGUCUGAAAAAAAAUAAAAAUCAAUCAAUUCUAAAUAAUAAACUCUUUAUCAACAACA